UAUAUAGUUAUGGAUUCAUAAUUAGGGCUUGAUUUCUCACGCACCGGUCAUGUGCAGCAUUGAAUUUAGAAACUGCUCACUGUUACUUAACUGGGUUAUAUAACCUCCCUACCUAUGUUCUUAAAUGUGUGUGUUGUACAUUGGCAUCUCUUGGAAAUUCUUGCCCUUAGUCACACCUGAGCCACUCCUUUUUGUCACCUAGUAACUUUCUAAUAGUCAACAUCAACCCAGAGUUUCUGAGCUAGGCUUAAUUUUUGUAGUGCCAGUGGAAGGUAGUAUUUUUUAUAUUCUACUUAAGUUACAAACAGUAAACAGCAUUGCCUAAACGAAGGACAACAUCUUUUGGAAGUGUUUGAACAGAAGAAAAAUUGUAGUAGUACAUUCUGAAAAUAAGAUGGAAACGGCAGAAAGUAAGAUUACACCUUCUACUGACAUAUCAGGAAAACUCAUGCAAAAAAUCUGGCACCUGAACUUGCUAGCAAGAGGUUUGCUUCUGAAAAGUGAUCUGGAUAAUGAAGAGAUAGUGGAGAAUGUUCAGCAACUGAUCUCUUCAACAAAAGAGCUGAAUGGAUCUCUCAUUCAACAGCUGGAGAACAUUACAGAAAAUCUUCAAGACACUUUCCACUUGCUGAGCACUCUCCUUGACAAACACAAGGAAUUGACAGCAAGUCCAGAAUAUCAUGAUGUUAUAGAUUGUCUGCGGAAAAUGAAGGACUAUUUUACAAAUACAGUUUCACACCUUCAAGAGGUCGAAAAUAAACUUCGUGCAGCUAGUUGCCAACAAGAUGAUGUUUCUCAGAUCCAGACUGCACAAAAUGCUUUUGUAGAAACUAGAGUAUGUUAUUCUGAAAGAGAAGCAAAGCAAUCUGUGCAAGCAUCCUCUAGUCCCAGCCAGCGAUACCAAAGAACUCCUUCCCCAAGCAAGACAGAAAGUCAGAUCAUUAAUCAAGUUCAGCCAUGUGAAAUUAAAACUGUGGAAAAAGAAACCGUUGCAUCACUAGAUGAAAAUAUAUCUGUCAGAGAACAGGAAGUUAGCAGAGAACCUCCAAUAAUGAAAGAGGAUGGUGAAUACAGAGUGCUAACAACCUCUAUUUCAGAGAAAAUAGAUAAUAAUGGUAAAGAAAAACCAGACAAAGAUGGCUCUUCUCUUGAAAAACAUCCAGAACUGACCUGUCAAGAUGAUUUUAUGGGCAGUGGAGAAAGUAUUUUACCUCAGACAUCAACAGAUACUCAUGACAGAACUGUCAGAAAUCUUUCUGAACAGGAGAAAGAACUCAAGUUGACAGAGCAAAUGAAAGACAGUAAAAAGGAAACAAAUUCUGAGAUGUAUAGGAAUGAUCUAAUUACUGUCACCUCUUCAGCACAAACCAGCGAUCUUAAUGUUGUGAUUCCUUCAAUAAGUGAUUCAGAAGAUGUGCAAAAAUAUGGGCACUGGUUAAACAAAGAAUUUGUAGUGGAAGAGAGUGGUAAGAAUGAACAUAAAGUAGUUUGCUUUAUUAAAGCCCCUGCAACUGCCCUGGAGAAUCUAGCAUGUAAUAUAGUCAAUGACACAAGUUCCUUGGUGGUGGACGAUUUUGAGGAGCUGGUCAGCAACGUCAUCAGUGUUCAAUGCUCUGAUUAUAAGAAAACUAUCCAUUUCCCUAUUAACAUUGCAAUCCCGUUUACUUCACGCUUCAGAGGAAAUUAUCGGGAGAUUAUGGUGAAGGUAACAGACAUGAACUUUCAAUCAAAUUACUUAACUCCCAUUUCUCUGGAAGGAUACCAUGGAAACCACAAGGAAACCUUUGCGGAAGUGAAAGUUUAUCAGCUGGGUGUUUUUUCUGUGUUGUCAUGCUUAAAGAAAGAAACAUUUACCGUUCCAACAGCAGGACUUUCACAAAACCUGAGCAUGGAUUCUAGGAUCUCUUUCUGUUACCCUUCGGAAACGUUCACUUCUCCAGCAACCAUGAAUUUAAAGAUUCAUCCAAUUGAACCAUCUCUGAUUUCCACACUGAAAGCAAGACAUGACAUGUACUUCUCAGUGGUAUCUACUAGUGCACUGGUUUAUGUCCACCAUCCUUCAGCCCAACCAUUUAAUAACUCAGUCACAAUUACUCUACCCUGUCCUCCAAACCCAGAAAAAAAAAGGCAGGAGGACGAGACAGAGCAAGUGAGAGCCGUUACUGCUACAGUAAAGAGUGUUGUUGCAGCAUACAAUCCUUGGACUAAGAGUUCUUCUUUGAGAAAGAAUGGAGAGAGUCACAGUGAUACUUUCAAAUUAUUAGGUCACAGAAACAAAGAUGAGUGGAUGGUCUUUGACAAUAUAAUUAUCCAGAAUACACAGAAUGGGCUUGUGUCAUUUGAACUGAGUGAACAUUUAGAAAGCUUUGUGGUUAUUCGCCUUUCGUUCCUCUUGGAAAACACUUAUCUCCUACUCUUUGCUCAGGCUCUGGAAGAAGCUGUUUGCAGCACAAUGUCGAAUGUGAUACUGUACCGGAAAAGAGAAAACCCAUGUAAAAUAAUAGUUUUACUAACUGCAUCCAAGGAAUUGACCUGGGAAAUUCAAAAUCUCCAUGAAGAGGGAUACUUUGGUCCCCCAGAACCUACACAGCAGUUUCCUUUAAGAGAAGGAGAGCAGAUUCAUUUUCAAUUUAGAGGCAAUAUAUUUGCUUCAGAAAACGGAAAAGAUUUUGGAAAAGCCUACAGGCUGAUUUUUCACUCACAAAGAAAGCCCAGACUAGAGCUCUGUAUUAAGGAAGUGGAUGAGUUUGGUAACCACAGCUCCCCUCACUACAAAGGAACAGCAGUGUUUUACAAAAUUACCAGAGGGAUGAUAACAAAGGAAUGGAAACAGCCUUUGCCACGCGGUAAUUAUCAGCACCAGUUUCCACUGUGCAAAUUACUGCUGACAUUACCAAAGCAUGAAAAGUCAAUCAACCGUCCACAAAGCGCAAAAAGGAUUUUUUGUGAUUCAUCAGAGGCCCUAUGGGACAAUUUGCUGUACUGGAUUGCAGAAGAGCUUGCAGAAGAUAACACAUCAGUGAAUGCUUUACGCUUGCCUAUUCGGAGGAGUGUGUUUCAGCUUGUUAGAUUGAAGUGCCCUGAUAAUUUAAUACACCAGAACUAUGAGCUUCUUUAUUGCUGGCAAAAGACCCUUCCGAGGUCAGCUGACAAACAGCAGCUCCUGUCUCGCUAUUUGGAGAAGAGUGGCAGAAAGGAUCUUUCAGAAGAACUUUAUUUUAAGUGGCAAAAAAAAGUGUUCACUUGACAAAAUCAGUGGCAGCUAAGCCCAGUUUUUCUUCUUUCUUGUUGAGAAGUGUGAGCAUUCCCUUGAUAUCUUCUGACAGUGACACAAGUCAGGAGUCAGAUCGCUCUUUUAUUUGUCAAUUUGAACUCUUCUUUCUAAAACAGAGCAUAACAUCAAUGCCUUUUCCUGCUAGAAGUGAACUUUUAUCUUGUGGAAGAGAGAAAUGUUCACACAAAAAUUUCAUGCAGCAUUCCAUAUUAGUCCAGUAAUAAUAACUAUCAGAUUCUUAAGAGUAAAGAAAUGUGGAUCAAUAUAACAUUCUUUAGCUACAUAUUUGAAUACUUUAAAACUAAUUUCUUUCAAGAAUGCAGAGUAAUGUUAACCUAAUUCUUAAAUGUUAGAGAAAUAGCAGGUUUGGCCUUUUAUAACUAUGUUUUUCUGAGAUACUGUAAGGGUUACUCCAAAAGUAAGGCUUCCUGUUCGAUUAUGUUGGCCCAUAAUAUCGUAGACAGUUAUUGGUGAUCUGACAGUAGUGGCCGAACCUUCCUGCCAAUAUUCAAUUACAUUUUAUUGCCAUGUGACAGAUGGCAGGCAGCAGAGGGGCACUCUGACAGAAUGGUGUCUGACAUGGAAUUGCAUAUGAAGCAAAGGUGUGAAACUGAAUUCCUCCAUGUGGAAAAAGUUGUACCCAUUGACUUUCAUUGAUACUUGCUGAACAUUUGUGGAGACCAAAUGGUCAAUGUGAAAACAGUGAGGCAGUGGGUGAUGUGUUUCAGCAAUGGCAACAGCGACAUGAAAGAUAAGCCACAUUGCAAGCUGCCAUGCACAGCUGUUACACCACAAAAUGAAGAGCAUCUCUAUCAGCUUAUGUGGCCAAAUCAGUUAAGAGUGGUGACUAUUUUGAAAAACAGUGCUCUGUAUCUGAGAAACUGCUCUACCAAAUAAUUUUAUUCUGCUCUCUGUAUCGAUUGUAGUUCCUAUGGAAAUAGAUUAAAUGUUAUUCAUCAGAACUUUAUUAAUAAUUAAACUAUUAAGUAUUUCUGGACAUCUUGCAGACAAAACAUAAUUGUGAUACACAUCAUUAGUUAGGGGAUUAUAUUUUCAGGGGUUACAUAUUUGUAAUGUUUCCAAAUCACUGCUAUAAAUGUGAAAAUUGCAUUGCAAGAGAAAAGAUACGGUGAAGUAGAAUUUAUUCAUUUAAUUAUUCUGACUAGUAAUAUCUCAUCCCGUAGAAGCAUCUUCACAAUGAAAUGAUCACGCUUUCUUUUUUUUUUUUUUUUUUUCCUUAAAUGAAGAUUUAGUAGCCUGGAUUUUUUUAAUAAGCAGAAAGUGUUAUUGCACUUUUCUCAGUGCACUGACAUACUUUGUCCUUGGAUUUUUUUCAUCACUACCUUCUUUAGAGGAAUUAAUAUUUUGCUGCAGGUGCAGCUGGUACUGUCAGCACAUGUCACGUUUCCAUGUAUGAAGAUACUACAAAUAAUACUGGAAAUAUCUCAAAAAAUUGGACUUAAAAACUGCUACAAAACAUCUGCCAUUAUUCUGCCACAAGAUGGCCUGUGUGUCUAACAAAACCCAUAGCUGUAUCUCACAUGCCAGAAAAAAUCAGAGUAAAACAAUUUGAAAAACAAGAAGUCAUCUGUAAAGAACUGGAUACUCCACUGUACCAUGUGGUAUCAUUAGAGCGAGUGCAAAGUAGCGACAAUGGAAAUUGACAUUGAUUAUCUCUCCAAUUUUCAAUGUUACAGUCAAUAUUUUAGUUGUAUUAAACCUAUCUACAGCAUAAUUAAAAUAGAGUUUUUAACAAAAUUUCUUAUGAACACAUAAACAAGCAUUUAUAUUAUUCCUGGUUGCUUUCUCUCCUUUCCUCUGACAGGACAAAACACCCUCUUUCUCUAUAUCUCUCUCAACCCAGUGGCAUUAGGCAGGAAGAGAGAAUAUAGGAAACAUCAUUUCAUGCUCGGCAUUAACAAAGAUAUUCCCAAAGAGAUGCAAUUUCUAGUCCAGUUUAUAAUUGAAACAAAUUCAACUCAAGGUCUAAUGGAAUCUCCUCACUGAAAAGGAAGGAGCAGUAGGACCUCUACCCCAUGGAAGAUUGUUUGACUCUUGUGCUUCUUUCAAAAAGCACAUGCCAUUUACAGGCCAAUAUGACUGAACUUCAGAGAAUCCAGUUUCUCACCUAGCAUCAAAGCUGUUAUUUACUUUUAACUCAAUAGAAGGUUGUCUCCUAAAUGGAAUGUUUCUCUCUGAAAAACAGAACUGAGGAGAAAAAAAAAUGUAGUAAAGAAUGCAGUCUGUAAGAGACAAAUCUGCUUUGUGCUAUGUUAUUUGUUGGCUGUAAAAUAUAUGUGGGACUAUGAGCAAACCCUGGGCUUUAUUUCUUAGAAUGGAUGUGUUUCCCACCACUGAGCAAAAGGUGACACUGCAGAUUUCAGUUAAACAGUGAAGGCAGCUGAACAGAAAAUAAGCUAAGACAGGAAGACAGUUGAUCAUAAAGAACCUAUCCAGACAACUGUAAUUUGGCUGACUGAAUAUAAAAGCUGUUUGUUAAAAUACUGAGUAGUUAAACAGAAUAGAAAGGAAGAAAUGUGUGUUCCUUUCCUAGCACAAUUAUAGGGUGAGUUGCCAACUGUGUCUGAGCCUGAUGAAGUACAAAGGUAUAAGACAAACUUUGCAUCUUCAACAUUUAAAAUACAAAUUCUCUAUUUAGUGAAAAAGGGCUCAUAAAGUAGAAUCAGUAAGCUGCUGAACACAACAGAUGGGUUUAAUAAAAAAACCAAAAAAUGAGACAGCAUUUAAUCAAUAUCCCAUCCAAACUAAUGUGUGUAAAAGGCAGUUAUUUUAUCCUUUCAAAAAAGCUUGGGAGAUGUACGGUUUUCACAGAAUCACAGAAUCACAGAAUUGUAGGGGUUGGAAGGGACCACUAGAGAUCAUC